UUUGUCGUCUUGCCGUCCCACGCGGCAGCACGUUGAAGGUGCGCCUCUUCUGCCAUGUGGCGCGUCCUCCGCCUUGCAGCUGCCACUGGCCUUUGCGCGUCAAAGAAUUCGAUGCUGCGCAACACUUCAACGUGCAGCGAGCCGCUGGCGCUCGGCGCCAAGCGCGGCUGCCCGCGCGUCGUCUACCCGCUCGUGGCCGAAGCCGGCUUUGACAUGGGUCUCGAGACUGUCCCAAGCCGCAGUCGGGUCCCACUCCAUUUUCACGACGACAAGGACGAGGUCAUCAUCGUACUCCGGGGCACGGCGAGCAUCAACAUCAACGGCGAAGAGGCGCGCGCAGGCUGCGGCGAUCUCGUGUUCAUUGGCCGUGGCCAGUCGCACGAGAUCCGCAACGAAGGCGACGACGAGCUCCUCUUCUCGUGGAGCUUCUCACCCUCGAAAGCAACGUUCGCCGCGUCGUUGACGGCCAAGGACCUCGACCUCGUCUAAUCUCAUACAUACCAGUCGUCCAUUCUCCUGUGGCU